UUCACCACAAAAAGCAGACACAGCCUCGCCCACAAGCCCCACUUCAGACUUCAACACGCAUCAGGAAGCAAAGAGGAGGCCAGUCCCAGGGACCACAGAAGGCACCGCGUGUCCCGCAUCAUGCCCACCCCUCUCCACAGGACCCACUCACCUCCCUCCCAGCUACUGGUGUUGCUGCUUGUUCUCUCAGGAACCUCUGAGCAGAGCAACGGAAAUGAGUGGGAGGUGCUGCAACCCGAGGGUCCCAUGCUGGUGGCAGAAGGCGAGACACUCCUACUGAGGUGCACUGUGACCGGCUCAUGCAUUGAUGCCAGGGUAAAAUGGGUCAAGGUGAGCAAUCAGACCCAGCAGGAGAUUUACAACUUCAAACAUGGCUUCUUCCCUGGGGUGACACCCUUGAUCCAACAGACUUUGGAGCCACUUAAUUGUGACUAUUCCAUCUACAUCCAUAAUGUCAGCAGGAAGCAGGCAGGAACCUACCACUGCAUGAGGUUCAAUGGCUCACGUGAGCACUCAGAAACGCGGCUGGAUGAGGGCACGUCGGUGCUGGUGAAGGGAGCUGGAGACCCACAGCCAAGCCUCUGGAUCAUCCAGCCCCAGGAGCUGGUGUUGGCGACCACUGGAGACACCGUCUUCCUGAACUGCACAGUGGUGGGAGAUGGCCCUUCCGGACCCAUCAGGUGGUUUCGGGGGACUGGUGUGAGUCGGGAAGCCAUUUACAACUUCCAAGGCAUCUCCCAGCCCCAUGUGACUGCGGUCCAGGCCUCCAGCAGUGAUUUCAGCAUUUUUCUGCAAGGUGUUUCCACGGACUAUACAGGCACCUACUACUGUGUAAAGUUUCAGAGGAAGCCCAUCAGGCAAUACCUGUCAGGACAGGGAACCAGGCUGAGAGUGAACGCAAAGCCCACUUCUUCCCAAAAGACAGAAGUCAUCGAUCAACCUGUAGCAGGGAGAUUUCUGUCAGACCUCCUGUCUUUGCUCACAGUUGUGGUCCUGGGACUGAAGGCCGUGACCUUGGCUGCACUCCUGCUUGCCCUGGCUGCCUGCUGGAAAAGAAGCCCUGGGCAAGAAAAUGACAAAACCCCAUACCCGGCAAAGCUAUGCUCAUCUUAGCAAGGGGCAUGGGGCAUGGGUGAGGGGUCAGCUCCAGAGUGGUCCUCUGAAUCGGAGAGGGUCCAGGACUCCCCAACCAUCUCUGCCUCCAAUCCCAGCCUUCAGAUGUCCCCCAGGACUCAUGACAUACUCCAAAAUGCCCACACCUGGUUUUGGUUCACCUGGUAAAAUCUCCCUCUUGGCACAGGGCUCCCCUCUGAUGUGCCUUUCUUUUUCUUCUCAGCCUGUCCAGGACCUCCUUGUCCUUGAAGGCCUUGUCCAGGUCUCUUCUCAAGGCCCUUGCUCCUGCUGCAGUCCCUUCUGAAGGGCCCUCCCUUUCUUCCCAACUCCACAUUUUUGCAGCCUUCAGGAUCUGACUCAGACUGCCCAGAAGGCAUCCCUGAGGGUGUGUGAGCUCACCCAGCCACACGGCCUGUGCCCUCCAUUUACACCCGUCUCUCCCCUUUCCUGCCUCUUUUUAUUCCCCCCGGUGUCUGGCUUGGGUGGCUGUAACAGCUAGAAUACAGGUUUGCCAAUUUAACAAAACUCAUAAAUAACAGAGGUCGAAACCAAAA